ACGGUUUGACAUCCAGCUACUCAAAGCUGAACCUUCCGAAAGACGAACUUCACAUCGAUGAGGAUGAAGAUCCUCCCAUUGCCUCGGGACCUGCCGAAACAUCAGUGACUGCACAAGAAGACGGGCUGAACUCCUCCUACUCAGUGCUAAAGCUUGGGAAAGACGAGUUUCUCAUCGAUGUGGCUGAAGAUCCUCCCACCGUCUUAGGAUCCGCCGAAAUAUCAGUAACUGCAGAAGCAGACGUUCUGAACUCCACCUACUCAGUGAUUAAACUUCCCAAUGACGAACAUCUCACGGAAGAGUAUGAAGAUGCUCCCAUUGCUUCGGGACCCGCGGAAAUGUCAGUGGUUGCACAGACAGGUCCGCAUAAACAGGAGCCGAACGAGAACAUCGGAAAUAGACCGGACCGUAAAAUCUGCUUACUCUGCCUAGUUACGUUCGUCUUCUUCGUGACCGUGGUCGGGCUGUCGAUCUAUGUAUCACAGAUUCGUCUGUCAGAGUUCACCUUCGACCGAAACUUCCAGCUCCUUAGGGAAGAGUAUCACGAGAUGAACAGGACCCAGCGCCAAUGUCGUCUGCAAGUCCUUGAGUUAAACUCAUCCCUUGAAUCCACAAUAUUCGAGAAUUCCCACCUGAAUCUCUCCCGGAGAUCCUGUCUCAAGAAUGUCUUUGCUCUCAAAUCUAAUCUGUCCGAUCUUAAACAAAUACAUAACGAUCUCCGUCACCAGUUCUGUGAAUUGUUGACCAGCAUAAGAGAGCAAACAUGUUCCAAGGAUUGGAUCAGAAAUGAAGACCUGUGUUAUUUCAUUUCCUCCUUUGGAAGUUCUUACCAGGGGGCGAAGCAACUCUGUUCUAUCGCUGAUUCAAAACUUCUUCAAAGAGAUACAGAGGAGAAAGAGAAUUUUGUUAACAACCGUGUCCGCGGCCAAGACGGUUCAUACUGGAUUGGAACAUGCAAAGAGGGGGAAGUGGCGUCUAACGUCGUGUACAAGGUGAACGCUGGGAAGUUCGAAUGCGGUGAAUGUAAAUCUCGUUGGCCUUGGGAUUGUAGAAAUGAUCAGCACCGUUUCAUCUGUGAGAAGUCUGCACCUUUGUUCCGGGAUAUUCCUGAAAAGAUCCGGGAUCUUUGUCAAAAGCCCGUGGAGCCGACAUAAAUGAAGUGACAUUAUUCUCUAACCACAAUUCCAGCUCACUCUCCGACUGUGACAAGCGAAUCGGUUCUGCCCCUUGCCCCUACCCUAGAUUCCUUUCUCUACCUAUGGCAUUCUUUUUCACCAUCUCGCUCUCUCUUUACACUCCUACCUCUAAUCUCUCUCUCUCUCUCUUUUCUUCCCAUCCAUCUCCCCAUAUUUCAUCCCCAUUUUCCUUCCCGUCACUUUCCUGCCUCCCGCUCCCAGCAUCAAAGGACUGUAUCGCAUAUCCGUAACUUAUCGGCCCUGAGCUUUGUAUCUUUGUAUGAUCAAUACGUGACAAGUAUGUAAAAUUAAUGUAAGGUGCAAUAAGAUAAAACAAAA